UUCACCUGUCACCCUCACCGUCCAGUCACUCUAACAUUACCUCACCUCACUCCUCAAGUAAAACCUCACACUGGUUCAGCUCACCACCUCUGAAGAAGCCAAUAUACCGGAUAAGCUAUAUACACUUCUAGAGAGAGAAACAUCAUUUUCUAGAGAGAGAAAGUGUGUGUAACUGCUCAAUCUGAUUACAAAAAAAUGUCUACACUUCCACCGACGUUACCGGAAUUUCCGUCGGACUUACCACCGCCGGCGCCACCGUACAACCACCGUCAUCACCACGGAUCAACCGUUUUGCAUUCUGUACUCGCCGGAGUUCUAGUGUUCAUCCUCUUCGUCGUUCUCGCAAUCGCAUACAGAAAAAUCUCACGGAAACGUACGGUUCCGGCGGAUCUGAAGUCUCCGUCACCGCAACCGAAGAAACAGUUACAACAAUUCUCGUAUAAAGUUCUCCGGCGUGCCACGUCAGCAUUCGCUGCGAGUAACCGUCUAGGUCAAGGCGGAUUCGGUUCGGUAUACAAAGGCGUGCUUCCGUCUGGUAAGGAGAUCGCCGUGAAGCUAAUGAACGGUGCCGGAUCGUUGCAAGGUGAGCGAGAGUUUCACAACGAGCUUUCGUUGUCCACGCGGAUUAACGGCGCGUGUGGUGCACAUUCGCGUCAUGUUGUUUCUGUAAUCGGAUUCGCUUCCGAUCAGAACCGCCGGCGAAGGAAGAAGAUGUUGAUUGUGUAUGAGUAUAUGCAGAACGGUAGCUUACAGGAUGCGUUGUUGUAUCGUAAGUGUCCUGAACUUAUGGAUUGGAAAAUUAGGUUUAUGAUAUUGUUAGAUGUAGCUAGAGGAAUAGAUUUCCUGCACUUUUCGUGUGAUCCGCCUAUUGUUCAUUGUGAUAUUAAGCCUUCUAAUGUGUUGCUAGAUAGUAAUUUCAAUGCUAAAGUUGCUGAUUUCGGUCUGGCGAGAGUUUUAGGUGUAGAUGAGAAUGAGAUUAUUGAAACGUUUCUAGAAUGUGGAGAAGAAGAGGGAGAUCUAGAAACCGAAACAGCUGAUGAUAAUAAUAAUAAUAUUAAUAAUGAUACUGAUGUUGAGAAAAAGGAGAAUAAUAGUGAUUAUAGAGAUGAAAACAGGUCAGUAGCGGAGGAGACUGAGAGUGUGGUAACUGGAGAUGUUGUGGUAAAUGUGGAUCUGGUAUCACCGGAAAGUUGUCGUGUUACGGUGGUGGAUAUGGAGGCUUCACCGUCUGAGUAUUUGGAGAGGACGAGUGUUUCGGAUCAGAUUAGUGUUGAUAGCAGUAACCGGAGGUUUUUGGGAAAAAAGAAGAGUGGCGUUGGUGGUGGUGGUGGUUCUGGGAGGGAUUGGUGGUGGAAACAGGAGAGUUGGGGUGGUGAUUCAGGGAGAGUGAAAGAUUAUGUAAUGGAGUGGAUUGGAAGCGAGAUAAAGAAAGAGAGACCGAAGAAAGAUUGGUUGACUACUACAGAUCAGUUUUCGUCCGAGCUAGAAUCCAGUAGCGCGAAUGGGCCGCAGAAAAAGCAAAAGAAGAAGGCGGAGACGGAUAAGAAGAAUCGAAAGCCGAGAGAAUGGUGGAAAGAGGAGUUUUGUGAUGAGUUAGCCAAGAAGAAGAAGAAGAAAAGAAGAGGAAGUAAUACAGGAGAGAUGUGGUGGCAAAGGGAUGAAGAGUUUGUUCCACAGAAGAAAAAGAGUAAAAGCAGUAGUAAAUCAAGCAUUGAUUGGUGGUUAGACGGGUUAAGUGGCGAGUUCCGCCACAGGAGAAGAAACAGCCAAGAAUGUCCUAGUGGAGAAAUCCCUAAAAGUGGUGGCAUUAGCAGCACUCCAAGCAUGAGAGGAACUGUUUGUUAUAUCGCCCCGGAGAAGUGCGAUGGCGGGCAGCUAUCCGAGAAGAGUGAUGUGUACAGCUACGGCGUGUUGCUCUUGGUCUUGGUUUCAGGUCGUCGGCCGCUGCAAGUAACAGCUUCUCCGAUGUCAGAAUUCGAAAGGGCUAAUCUUAUAUCAUGGGCGAGACAGUUAGCGCGUAAUGGGAAGCUUUUAGAUCUCGUUGACCCUAAUAUUCAUUCACUGGAUCAAGAACAAGCAAUGCUGUGCAUCACAACUGCCCUCUUAUGUCUGCAGCGAUCUCCCGUUAAGCGUCCUACGAUGAGAGAGGUUGUUGGUAUGUUGUCCGGUGAGGCCGACCCGCCUCAUCUGCCAUUCGAGUUUUCUCCGUCACCGCCGACUAAUAUUCCGUUCAAGUCCCGGAGAAAACCCCGGUGAGUUUGUCAUAAAGUUUUAUUCUUCUAGCAUUGAUGAUAAAGCAUGCUUCUUCUUUGUUAAUUAUUACUCAAAAGAAAAGAAAAAUGAAAAAGAAACAAAGUAUAUAUGUUGCUUCAUUUACAAACCUCAUCCUUUCAUGAAAAUAUUGUUUUUCUUUA